UCUGCGACUUUUUUGUUAAAGGCACAUGCAAAAAAGGUCCCAUGUGCCCAUUCCGACACCUUAGUGGUGAGAAGACAGUAGUGUGCAAGCACUGGCUGAGGGGUUUGUGCAAGAAAGGAGAUCUCUGCGAGUUUCUUCAUGAAUAUGACAUGGCCCGCAUGCCAGAAUGCUACUUCUACUCGAAAUUUGGACCUGCAUGCAAGCACCGACAUACCCGCAGGGUGAUCUGCACAAACUAUGUUGUGGGUUUCUGUCCUGAUGGCCCAUUGUGCAAAUUUGUGCACCCUAAGACAGAUAUGGUCAUGUGCACUGACCAUUCAAAGAAUUCAGUUGCCCUACAAAGAACUAUCACUUCCUCUAUGCCAAGAGACCCUGAGCUGAUACUUAAACACGAGGGGCUGAUGAUGGAUCUGCCUCAUCUCCAGCACCUGACAGUCAUUAGAAUGAUGCAUGAACGACUCAAAAAGCUACAAGAUGUGGCCUGUGGGGGUCUCAGGCCCCUGGAACAGGUUACCUGCUUUAAGUGUGGAGAGAGAGGUCACUAUGCUAACAAGUGCAACAAGAACCGGUUUGGGUGCCAGACAAGAAAGUGACAGUGCAAAGAACGUAUCUCUUUCAGCAGUUGUCCAAUAUAAGGUUUAAUAGGAAUGAGACGAAGAGCUUUAUAUUAAUGUGUAAAAGGGGGACACCAGUCUUUGUAGAAUAUUAUUACAUUGCUUAAUAUUUGGUUAAUCGUUCAUAAGAAAAUAAAUUACCAAAAUUAUUAUUACUAAUACACAGAAAUGUUCCCAGCUAAUGGUGCAGAAUUAAAUCUAUCUAUAUUAGUCAUAAAAUAUUAUGCUGAACCUGUGUUUGUUUGGUAAAGCUUCCAUUUAAAAGGAAUGUAGGAUGUCUGUAAAGCUUUGUAUAUCAAAUCUACUUGUAUAGCUUCGGAAGUAGAAAG